GCCUCCUCCAAGAUGUAAGGCGGCCCCGGCGCCACGGACCUGCAGGCGGAGGGAAGGGGAGAGCAAGGGCGUCGCUUUCCGUGCCGAGAAAGGGGGGGGGUUUCGUCGUGACCAUGUCUCGCUGAAGUGAUUUUUUUUUUUUUGUGUGUGUGUGUGUGUGCCGUUCCCUUCGCAUCCGAUUUUUUCUUUUUUUUUUUUUUUUUUUUCCUUCGCCAUCCCCGCACCUCGGAUUUAUUGCUAGGAGGAUCACAUUGUGCGGGAAGAAAGUGGGAUUACGGAGACCGCCGCGAGCAGCCCCCUCCCCCCCGAGGAUUUUUCGGUACCUUUAUUUUAUUUUAUUUUAUUUUUUUCCCCCCCCCGAAUCGCCGCGGCCGUAAUUCAUGAAGCAAUCGUCCCCUUUUUACAUCAGAAUCUGGAUACCAGAAUGAGCAAAGAAAGACCCAAGAGGAAUAUAAUUCAAAAGAAAUACGAUGACAGCGAUGGGAUUCCCUGGUCAGAGGAGAGGGUGGUGCGGAAGGUCCUUUAUUUAUCUCUGAAGGAGUUCAAGAACGCACAGAAGCGGCAACAUGGUGAUGGCAUUAGUGGAAGCCUGAAGGCAGUGAACGGACUUCUCACUAAUGGCCAAUCUAAAGGAUUAGGACCGGGAUCAGAGCAGCUGGAGAAUGAAAAGGACGAUGCAUCGCAGGUGUCCUCAACGAGCAACGAUAUUAGUUCUUCAGAUUUUGAAGAAGGGCCCUCGAGGAAAAGGCCAAGGCUGCAAGCACAAAGGAAGUUUGCUCAGUCCCAGCCAAACAGUCCCAGCACAACUCCAAUAAAGAUAGUGGAGCCGUUGUUACCCCCUCCCGCCACUCAGAUUUCUGACCUCUCCAAAAGGAAGCCCAAGACAGAAGAUUUUCUUACUUUCCUCUGUCUUCGAGGUUCUCCAGCCCUGCCCAGCAACAUGGUAUAUUUUGGAAGCUCUCAGGAUGAUGAGGAUGAAGAAGAGGAAGAGGAGGAGACAGAGGACACAAAAACAGCCACAAACAAUGCUUCAUCAUCAUGCCAGUCAACCCCCAGGAAAGGAAAGACGCAUAAACAAGUUCCAAAUGGGCAAGUUUUCAAUGGAUCCAGCAAAUCAUUGAAGGAGAAAGAACCUGCCCAGAAACACAAAAGCAAAGAGGCCACACCAGGGAAGGAGAAGAACAGCGAACAUAAGGCUGAGAGCCGAAAAGACCAGGCUGCUGCUAAUCACCAUCCUACUACAAACACUGGCUCCUCUACGAAAGGGCUCACUGCUAACAACCACCACACUCUUCAUAGAUCGGCUCAGGACUUAAGAAAACAGGUUUCUAAAGUCAACGGAAUCACUCGAAUGUCAUCUCCGAGUGCAAAUGCAGCCAGUGCCAAAAAGAUGAGAGACGUCAGACCUUCACCGUCCAAAACUGUGAAGUAUACUGCAACGGUGACAAAGGGAACUGUCACAUACACCAAAGCCAAGAAAGAACUGGUCAAGGAAACCAAACUAAAUCACCACAAACCCAGUUCACCUGUCAACCACACAAUCUCAGGGAAACUAGAAAGUAGCAAUGCAAAAACCCGCAAACAGGUGCUAUCCCUUGGAGCAUCCAAGUCUAACAAUACCGCUGUUAAUGGUGUAAAAGUCAAUGGCAAGUUGAACCAAAAGACAUGCACUAAGGAGGUGGGGAGACAGUUGAGGGAGGGGCUGCGCAAUUCGAAGAGGAGGCUGGAAGAGACUAAUCACAUAGACAAAAUACAGUCGCCCACCAAGAGGAUGAAAGGGGCUGUCAACUUGGCAGAAGCUGCGAGCAAAAAGGCAGUUGUCGAAAAGCCUUUGCUGAAUGGACACCUUAAAAAGGAAGUGCCAGAGAAGAAUUUGGAAAGAAAUAGGCCGAAAAGAGCCACUGCUGGAAAGAGUACGCCAGGGAAACAAGCACAUGGCAAAACUGAAAAUGCCUCCUGUGAAAAUCGUUCUACCUCUCAAGCGGAGUCCUUGCACAAGCCACAAGACUCAAUGGGAAAGCACGAAAAGGGCAGUAGUAAGUCUGGGUGGGGGAUGCUGGGGGAGAUUCCCAUCCUUAGGCCCUCCACCAAGGAAUUUCAUGACCCACUGAUAUACAUUGAGUCAGUCCGAGCUCAGGUAGAGAAGUAUGGGAUGUGCAGGGUGAUUCCUCCUCCAGACUGGAGACCUGAGUGCAAGCUAAACGAUGAAAUGCGGUUUGUGACACAGAUUCAGCACAUACACAAGCUAGGCAGGCGCUGGGGACCCAACGUGCAGCGGCUGGCCUGUAUCAAGAAGCACCUCAAAUCUCAGGGCAUUACCAUGGACGAACUCCCACUCAUAGGAGGCUGUGAGCUCGAUCUGGCCUGCUUCGUCCAGCUGAUCAACGAGAUGGGGGGGAUGCAGCAAGUGACUGACCUCAAGAAAUGGAACAAACUGGCAGACAUGCUGCGCAUCCCCAAAACUGCACAGGACAGGCUGGCCAAGCUGCAGGAAGCCUACUGCCAGUACUUGCUCUCCUAUGACUCCCUCUCCCCUGAGGAGCACAAGAAACUGGAGAAGGAGGUCUUGCUGGAAAAAGAAAUCUUGGAGAAGAGGAAAGGACCUUUGGAGGGACAUUCGGAGAAUGCCUACAAGUUCCAUUCCUUGCCCCGGUUUGAGCCCAAAAACGGACUCAUCAACGGCGUGGUUCACAAAAAUGGCUUCCGCAACAAGUUAAAAGAGGUCGACGUCCCACUGAAGACGGGCAGGCGGCGGCUCUUCGCUCAGGAAAAGGAGACCACAAAGGAUGACGAGGAGGAAGAGGAGGAGGGAGUUCUUAGUGACUUACACAAGUGUAUAUACAAGGGUAGGUCUGUUUCUUUAACAACCUUCUACCGAACAGCAAGAAACAUCAUGAACAUGUGCUUCACGAAGGAGCCUACAGUAGCUGAAGUAGAGCAAGAAUAUUGGCGGUUAGUGGAACAGAAAGAUAGCCAUGUAGCAGUGCAUUGUGGAAAAGUAGAUACCAACACCCAUGGGAGCGGCUUUCCUGUGGGGAAAUCUGAACCAUUUUCUAGGCAUGGGUGGAACCUCACAGUCCUUCCUAAUAAUACAGGAUCCAUCCUGCGACAUCUUGGUGCUGUGCCUGGAGUGACAAUUCCUUGGCUAAAUAUUGGCAUGGUCUUUUCUACCUCAUGCUGGUCUCGAGACCAAAAUCACCUUCCAUACAUUGACUACUUACACACUGGUGCUGAUUGCAUUUGGUAUUGCAUUCCUGCUGCGGAGGAGAACAAACUUGAUGAUGUGGUACAUACCCUGCUGCAAGCCAAUGGCACUCCAGGGCUGGAAAUGCUUGAAAGUAAUGUAAUGAUCUCCCCAGAAAUCUUGUGUAAGGAGGGGAUCAGGGUGCACCGUACUGUACAGCAGAGCGGGCAGUUUGUUGUCUGUUUUCCUGGAUCUUUUGUGUCUAAAGUGUGUUGUGGCUAUAGUGUUUCUGAAACAGUGCACUUUGCUACCACCCAGUGGACAAGUAUGGGUUUUAAAACAGCCAAGGAAAUGAAGAGGCGACGUAUAGCCAAACCAUUUUCAAUGGAAAAGUUGCUUUAUCAGAUUGCAACAGCAGAAGCAAAAAAGGAAAAUGGACCGACUCUGAGUACGAUAUCAUCACUUCUUGGGGAGCUCAGGGACACGGAGCUGAGGCAGCGGCGGCAGCUUUACGAGGCAGGUCUCCACUCCUCGGCGCGCUACGGCAGCCACGACAGCAGCAGCACGGCGAUGGAUGGAAAGAAAAAGCCUCGAAAGUGGUUGCAGUUAGAAACGUCAGAGAGGAGAUGUCAGAUUUGUCAGCACCUGUGCUAUCUGUCCAUGGUUGUACAGGAGAACGAAAAUGUUGUCUUCUGCUUGGAGUGUGCCCUGCGGCAUGUGGAGAAACAGAAGUCUUGUCGGGGAUUGAAAAUGAUGUACCGCUAUGAUGAGGAACAAAUAAUCAGUCUGGUCAAUCAAAUCUGUGGAAAAGUAUCUGGUAAAAAUGGCAGCAUUGAGAACUGUAUCAGCAAGCCCACACCAAAAAGAGGACCUCGGAAGAGAGCGACAGUCGACGUGCCAUCAUCCAGGCUUUCAUCCUCCAGUUCAUCCAAAAGUGCUUCAAGUUAAUCCUGAAGAUGCCAACACUCUCAUUUUGUCAAUUUAUAUAUAUUUUUUGUAAUUAUUAUACCAUAGUUUGGAGUACUUGCUGUAGAAUACAAGCUGUCUUUGCACUAGCUCUAAAGAAGAUUUUCUUCUGGUUUUAGAGAACUAAUUUUGUUUUAGCAUUAAACUGUUGAAUUUUUUUUUGUACUUAGGAUAGGUAGAUACAGCAGUCUGAUUUUUUUAAACUGCCGUACGUUCACUGUUUUAAAAGCGACGAGAGGGGCUGAUAAAUAUUAAUUUGUAUUGUCCCCGUGGCUGAGAAAAUAAAGAGCCUUUUUGGUAACGGUGAAAAAAGGCUUUUAACCCAUUUUUUGACUAGGUUGAAGUUGGAUGUGUUUUAUAAUUUGUUCUCCAGUCAUGUGAGCAGAUUUUUCUAGAGCGAAAAGGGAUGGGAGACAAAAAAAAAAAAAAACUUGAAAGAAAUUGCUUUACUUUGGCUGUCUUUUAUUCUGUCACAGCAAGCGGAGUUUUGUAAUUUUUUAAAUUGGAGACUACACACUUACUUUCUUUGGGAGGUUAUGGCAGCUGAAGAUGGACUUUGUUUCCUAACUGUAGGCAAAAGGAGGAGAGUUGGAGUAUGUUCUCUUUUACCAGCACAUCACUAUGCAUCUGUUUGGAGGGGGAAAAUAAAUAAUAAAAAAAUAAAAAAAUAAUAAAAAAAUAAAAAAUAAAAAAGGAGGAAAAAAGACUGCCUGCCUUGAGGAGUCACGUGAGGGAAAACUGUGCCUGAUUUCAUUAGGAAAUCCAUUCUGUUAUUUUUUGGUGCUGUUGGCUACUUUAUCAAAAACCCUUCAAUAGCAUCCUUUAAAAAAAAGAAAAAAAGAAAAAAAAAAAAAGAAAAGAAAGAAAAAAAAGUGAUUGAAGCCAUAAGUGCUUCUUUUGUCAUAGACGUGCAAUCUUUUUAACAUUCCAUUUCCAUUCCACUGCUGUGUUUCACACCUUCACACCGUCGAGCAUUAAUUUUUGUUUCGGCUUCGUUUCAUGAUGCGAUCACGUUUAGAGCCACUAGCAGGUCUGCGUAUUUCUUUUGAAUGUGAAAAUGCAUUUGCUUUCAUCUUGUCUCUUUUUUCUCUUCAUGUUGUAACAAAAAAAAUCACACCUUUUGUACAUAUGCCUGUAAAUUUUUUUAAAUACUUGAGCCUUUUCUUGGGGUGGGGGGGGGGGAGGGCGGCGAGGAGACGAGAUGAAGAAAAGCCUUACGUUUCACUUUCUUCAUCGGUUGGAUUGGAUGCUUACAGGGUUUUUCUUGUAACAUUUAUAAGUGCUGCUUACAUCACUGAACAACAACAAAAAAUAAUAAUGGAGUAGCUGUUGCCCUUUUCUGGUUGUGUGUACAGUAUGUGUGGAAUAAAAAAGGGAAAAUGUUUUCACAAACUGUUUUGUUUCGUAAUUGAAUUCAACGAUACCGUAGCUACCCAUAUUGCACUGAGCUUGCCAGUGGUGACUGUCAGGAAAGUCCUAUACUACGAUUUGUUGGUUGUUGUUGCAGAAGACUGAACUGUUUUGGAAUAUUUAACAAUAACAUAAACAGAGUCAAGUGUUUUCAAAUGUGGUUGUCUGGUUUUUAUGGCCUUGCUGUGUACUUUUUCCCUCUUGACAGUAAACUUCUGACUAUGGCUUACAGUUUGACAUUUAAUUUAUUAGCGCUGCUCUGCUCUCUUUCCUUGUAAGGAAAGACUUCAUGUUGUUUAUUGCCAGUUUUUUGUUUACUUUCCAGGUUUGUACUACGAGGUUUAAUAAAAAAACAAAACUUUUU